AUGAUUUCCAAGUCAUUCGUGGGCCUCUUGGCCCUGAGUGGAUUGCAACCACGCGCAAAGCUCGUCUCGCCCGCCAACUUGACUUCAUCUUCGGCCUCGUCGCCCAUGCUCAAGCGCGAUAACGAUCCUAGCAAUAUGGAAUGGAUCAAGCGCUGGGCGGCCAUCGGUGACAGCUACACGGCCGGGAUCGGUGCCGGGAGGCCACUCGGCCACAGGAUCACCUACGACGAAGUGGCUAUAAAAUUGCCUAAUGGCCUGGAGGAGAUUCGCGACAAUUGGAAGUGUUCCAGGUACGAUAUGGCGUACCCUAAGGUAAUAGAGGCGCAGUUUGGCGCCCACGUCGAAAAGGACGGCGGCUUCCAGUACCUCGCCUGCAGCGGCGAUCGUUCUGAACAAGUUUACCAGCAGGCUAAGGCCCUGAAGGGCGAGCUCGAUUUUGUUACCUUUACUUCGGGUGGGAACGACCUCUGUCUGGCCCAAAUAAUCAAGGACUGCAUCAUGCUACCCUACGGGAAGACUUCCGCCUGCGAAACGGUUAUUGCAAAGGCCCAGGAAAAUGCAAAGUCGAUCAUCAAAGACAACAUCAAGCAGGUCCUGGAAGCACUCGAUGAGAAAAUGAACAAAGACGGCAUCGUCGUUGUUAACGGCUACGCCCAGUUCUUCGACUCGACCAAGGACAACUGUGAUCACCAGUCGUGGGACGUCCUCUGGUUUCUCCCAUUAGGCGCCUCAUACCGGGCUCUCACCAUCUCACGCCGCAACACCUUCAACCAGCUGGUUCUUGACAUCAACCAGUCCAUCCGCGACGCCGUCGAUGAAGCCGCCGAGAGUGACAAGAUCAAGUACAAGGUUGGCUACGCCGACUGGGACAACUGGGUCUCGAAUGAGCUCGACGCCCGAAUGUGCUCGCCUAGCAGCAACGGCGACUAUCCGGACAGCAAUCAGCCGGACAUGCAUUUUAUCAAGCCUGAUACGCACCCCUGGUUUGCCUGGGAAGAAGAGUUCGAACGGAUUGAGCUACGCAAGCGCGACACGGAUCUUGAGGAGAUGCUGAACUCGACCAGGCUCUCCAACUCUGAGAAACGCCAGGUUAACCGCAUCAAGGCCAUCAUGGAGGCCCGCGACAGAAGAAUCGAGCGCACACUCUACGACUCAAUCCUCUACAAGUCACCUGACCCUCGCGCUGCCGUCAAACACAAGCUCAACCCCCGAGAACCCUCACCACCGAGCUGCCCUGGGGACGGCGGCGCCGACAUGACCCUGGGCAUGGGCAUGCCCGACCAUGUUGGCCGCAAUUUCCACCCCAACGAGGCCGGCCACCUUACCAUAGCCUCAUUUGCCCUCGCCGAACUCAUGGAUCUGCGCUCCAUCGUCCUCAGUGUCAACUCGCCCGCAUGUACUGUCAAGGAUGAGUUUACAUGUUUCUCGAAAACCGGUAGCAAGUUCUACGUUAGUGGAAAUCGUACAAAUGAGAACUAUGAGAAUUUCUGCAAGGAGGUCGAUGAAAAUCACCCUAAGAACACGAUUAACUGGAGUUACGAGAAGAGCUAUGACCUUGGCACACCGGAAGAGCACGACUACGUCGUCACCCUCGGAAACGACGUCUCGGCAUUCGACAAAGACCAAUGCGUCGAAUCGAUGAAGAAGCUCAUCAACUCGUGCGAUACUUCCGACAACCCCAUGAAAUGGAAAGGUGGCGGGCGAUAUAUUCGCGAUAACGGAGACUACAAGUACGAGCUCAAUCCUCGCCGGAACGACCGCCCCUGGCCCUGGCCAAAGGCGCCUUACGGCCGCUGUGAGGGCUGGUAUAAGGCGGUGCAUGGACGAUAUAAGGUCGAGGGUGCCGGCUUUUCAACCUGGGAUCACGGGCAAAAGACUCUUCGGCCUAAUAUGGACAACUGCUAUGGACUCGGCACGACUUUUUGGAAGUUCGAGUACUACGACAAUCCGGCUGAUCACAAUGGGUAUGAAUGGUACGCUACCUUUAGUACGCCAAUCUGGGUUCGCGCACGCUGUUGGAACAAUAACAAGAUUGUCAAGGCUGCAGGAGGAUGGACGGACGGCUGCUCGGGUAAUGAUUAAAAGCCUAUUGUAGGCUUCUAUAUUGUGAUUCUGAAUAUUCCUCCACCCCUCCCC